GGGUGUUCAUCUGCCGGGGCCGGGAGGACGCUCUGGUCACCCGCAACCUGGUGCCAGGAGAGUCGGUCUAUGGGGAGAAGAGGAUCUCGGUGGAGGAUGGUGACACCAAGGUGGAAUACCGCGCCUGGAACCCGUUCCGCUCCAAGCUGGCAGCAGCCAUCCUGGGGGGCAUCGACCAGAUCCACAUCCAACCCGGAGCCAAGGUCCUCUACUUGGGGGCAGCCUCAGGGACAACCGUGUCCCAUGUCUCCGACAUCGUGGGGCCGGAGGGGCUGGUUUACGCUGUGGAGUUCUCCCAUCGCUCCGGUCGGGAUCUCAUCAACGUGGCCAAGAAACGAACCAACGUCAUCCCGGUCAUCGAGGACGCCCGGCACCCGCACAAGUACCGCAUGCUGAUUGGGAUGGUGGAUGUCAUCUUCGCGGACGUGGCGCAGCCGGACCAGACGCGCAUCGUGGCGCUGAACGCGCAGCACUUCCUGCGCCGCGGCGGCCACUUCCUCAUCUCCAUCAAG